AUGAUCGAGUUCAUGGACUAUGUCCAAACUGCCUUCUAUUCGGCUUCGCUGUGGGAUCAUGACAACUCGUACAGCACCUUGACGGCCACGGCCAAUGCCCUUCUUGACUUCCAAACUCCGCAUGGCCUUCGCCUUCGUAUCUCGUCACUCUCGGCUGCUGGCUUUGCGACAUCGUACACUCUAUCCAACAGAGGCUUCGUCGAUGGCUCCAUCUCUUUCCUCUACUCGUCCCUGCCCAUGCGCAUUCCUUCGCAAAGCAGUAUAAUCGACUUGCGCAACCUGGUCAGAGGAUACAGACACCUUCCCGAACUGCGCCGACCCGACGAGACAUAUCUGUGGGAGAUCUGGCAGGCUGGAAGAAGAAUCGACAAGAAAGACACUUUGUUGUACGGCCGUCUAUACCUGCCUACGUCGACUCUCGAAGCCCUGUACCUGCGUCGCAUAUCGCCUUCGCGCCUUCUGCGGCUGUCAUGUGUCUCCGACUCUGCUCUCCCUAAUGGCGGUUCCGUCCUGGCACAACUGCAGAACGACCAUGCCAAGUACUCGACCGAAUACCUCUUUUCCACCGACAGCUGCUUGAUGGGUGUCCGCGGUCUCUACAACUUUGGUCUCGAUCCUCGCACUAUCCCUCGGACCACAACGCCUAGAGGCAACGUCGUACCCGUCGACCCUCAAAUCGGUCGUCUCAGCGCUGGUGCCGAGUUGUACUUUUCCCCUCUGAAUAAGUCUGGAGGUGUAUCCACUGCUAUCCGCUUCACUACUCUGCCUUCGCAUACUGGCUUUCCCUACACCAUGGCCUUGACCUGCAAUCCCCUCAUGGGCAACAUCUCGUCUAGCUACGCUGUCAAAGCUGGGGACGAUGUAGCACUGAGUUCACGCUUCGACUUCAACAUCUACAGCUACGAGUCCGACGUCCAACUCGGCCUUGAACUUUGGCGACACAAACAGCAAGAGUCAGUCUUGGAAACAAAGUUGUCCAAAGACCUGCUUGGGCGAAACAGUACACAAGAAGUGGAUAGUGUGUUCAAGGCUAGGGUCAAUCAACUCGGCAAGAUUGGCGUGCUGUGGGAGGGCCGCAUCAAGGAUCUGCUGGUCAGUAUAGGUGCGGAUCUGAAUUUGAAAAGGAGAGACAACAUCAUCGGGUCCGUAGGGCUGGAAGUUUCGUAUUCUUCUUGA